CAAGAAAAAAAUGGCGAAUAAAUGAAAAGAUAAUGACAACAAUUAUCGAUAAUAUUAAUGGUGAUGAUCCAAAACGGAAACUAUUUCUACAUCGUACGAUGGUAUUAUUUUUAACAUUUCUUAUUUAUACAACAUAUCAUCUAACCAGAAAACCAAUGUCCGUAGUAAAAUCUAAACUAUAUAUUGGCGCCAAUUCAACAGAAAAUUGGAAACCAUUUGAUGGCCAAUAUGGUAAAACAAUGUUAUCAAUUAUGGAUGCAUUAUAUUGGGGAAAUUAUGCCAUAUUCAUGUUUUUCACCGGUUAUUUGGCUGAACGUAGUGAUAUGAGAUAUUUUCUUACCGGUGCAUUAAUGCUUUGUGGUUUAAUGUGUAUUAUACUUGGUUCAGCAUAUUCAUUACAAAUACAUUCGGAAGCAUUUUUCAUUAUGAUGGAAUCAUUAAAUGGUAUAAUGCAAACAACUGGUUGGCCAACUGUUGUUGCAAUUGUUGGUGUUUGGUUUGGAUCAAAGAAAAAAGGAUUGAUUUUUGGCAUCUGGAAUCUUCAUACAAGCGUGGGAAAUAUUCUUGGCCUAGCUAUUGCCGGUGCAUUUGUUGAUUAUAAUUGGGGUCUAUCAUUAAUUGUACCUGGUUGUAUUUCUAUUGCCAUGGCAUUAAUAACAUUUUUGUUUCUAAUACCAAAACCAAGUGAUAUUGGUAUUAAUGUUGAAAUAGCGUCAACAAAAGAAGAUAUGAAAAAAUUGUCAACACCAUCACCACCACUACCACCGCCAACAACAACAAUGAUGAUGAAUGGUCAACAAAAUGAUGAUCAUCAUUUGAAAGUGAAUGACAAAGAAAAAGCGAUUAGCCUCUGGAAAGCAUUACUUAUACCCGGUGUUAUUGAAUUUUCCAUAUGUUUAGCAUUUGCAAAAUCUGUUUCGUAUAUAUUUUUGAAUUGGUUACCAAAAUUUUUAGAAGAAAAUGAUCACUUGAGUUCAUCAUCAUCGGCAUAUGAAUCAAUCAUGUUCGAUAUUGGCGGUAUGGUUGGAUCAAUAAUAGCCGGUUUAUUAGCUGAUAAAACCAAUUCAAGUGGAUUGAUCUGUAUCGGUUUCCUCAUAUUGGCUAUACCGAGUUUAUUUAUUUUUGAAAAAUUUUCCUCCAUUUCACAAGCAAUGAAUUUUACAUUACAAUUUAUUGCCGGUUUUUUCAUCAAUGGUCCAUAUGCAUUGAUUACGACGGCUGUUUCUACGAAUCUUGCAUGUAAAGUGCCAUCCAAAAGUGCAAUGGCAACUGUUUCCGCCAUUAUCGAUGGUACUGGAUCAAUAGGAGCUGCUAUAGGGCCGGCAAUUACCGGUCCAAUGGCCGAUAGAUUUGGAUGGAAUUCAAUUUUUUAUCUAUCAAUGAUUGCAGAUUUCAUAGCCAUUUUAUGUUUAAUUCGUGUUGGCUAUCAAGAGAUUCGUCAUUUUAUUUGAUAUUUUAGGAUUUUUUUCUACAUGCCCAGGUGGUGGUGGUCAAGAUUAAUUUACACAAACAACAAGGAUUUUUUUUAAGGCCCGAAGACCAAAAAAAUUUAUUUUUUUUUUGAUUGUUUUUGAGAAAAUAAAUGGGGUUUUUAGGGACACAAAAUUUAUAGUAAAAAAUAAAAACUUUUUUCAAUUAAA